GUAAUAAAAACUAUUUUGUAUAUUGAUUAUUAUAGUGUAACACGCAAGGCAAAUAAUGUGUCAUAAGACUUGAUCAUAAUAACCCCAAGCGAAUUGUUACUAGCGAGGCUAUUCAAACUUAUACAUUCGAGUGAACGCACAUACGGUUGCCACUGUGUUCCUUUGCAAGCUGAAGGCAUAACAUCAAGUCUCAGAACAAACAGCUGGCACUUAAUGCUUGGUAACCCCCCGAAAUCGCAACGUGAUGCAGAGAACCACCCAGACCACCCGACAGCAGCGCAAGCUGAAGCUCUGUUUCGGCUGGGAAGCGACUGUCUUGGUAGCCAAUAUAAUCUUCGCCUUCCUUGCUGUGAGUGGACAGGUCACACAGAAUGUCUCCCUGCCGCUGUGGAUUGACGCUGCCACCUCGGGGACGUCCAACACGACGUCGAACGUCACCUCGAACGUCACGUCACCUCACAUUGUCCCGUACUUCGUCUUCUCCUUCGCCAGUUUCUCCUUUGUCGUUAUCUUUGGCGUGUGUCUGGCAGGAGCAUUUUUCCUGGGCCAGAUCACAGAGACGGACCUGAAAUUCCCCCACACCCUGCUGUUCCUAGUGGGGAUGUUCGACGCCUUGAACGGGGUGCUGGUAGUGAACGCUUCGAGUGGAUCCAGGACGGCUCCGUACCUACAGGCUAUCCUCGGUAACUUCACCAUACCCAUCACAAUGUUGCUAAGACUCUUGGUUUUGAGGAAGAAGCCCACACAGCGGAAGUUCAUCUGCUCUAUGCUGGUCCUGCUGUCCCUCUUCAUCUGUCUGCUGCCGAAGAUAAUCCCGGCUUUGGGCGCCGACACCGCACCGGGGGCCAAGGGUGCCGCUGGCGUACUGUGGCCGCUCUGCUUCAUGGUCGGAUUCGUUCCAGCUGCAGCGAUGAACGUGAUUGAGGAGAAGGUGAUGAAGAUGACGCCCGGAGCACGCCGGGAACAGAUCAGCCUCAUCUGGUUCCUGUUCUGGGAGUCCGUGUACCAGUUCCUGUGCGCAGCCGCGCUCUUCUGGACAGACAUCAUCCCCGGGUUUGGUAACAGCGCAGACAUCCACGAGUUCGGGGAAAAUGUCGCUUUCGGCUUUCUCUGUUUCUUCGGCGGCCGGGGCUGCACUAGUGAACCCGGUACCAGGGGGACUAUCUUCAUCCUCGGGUACGCCGUCAGCUACUUCGGCGGGGGACUGUUGCUGCGGCACGCGGAGGGCGCCACGCUGCUCGCCCUGGUCACGUCCCUUGUGACGCCGCUAGGAUUCCUGUUCUGGACCCUGUUUGCUGAAGACCCGUUCGAAUUCCACGUCAACACCGGGAACGCCACCUGGUUCUCCCUGGGAGCUCUGGUCCUCAUGGUUCCCGCUAUCUACUUCUACAACACAGGAAUGCCUGAACGUUCCAGCGAUAUCAAGACAAAAACCACAGAUCCGGAGAGACAGCCUUUUCUGGACACUUCGCACGUUCAAUAUUCUGGUACCUGAACUCGAAGGGAGAAGAAAUCCACACUAAAUACCCUAGCUACAAAUCUGUCUGUUUGCUAAUGACUGAUCCGUUUGAAAAAGUUACAAUGUUGCACUUUGUGCCAUCUUCGCAAGAGGGCAA